AUGCACUCGCUCGGCUUACCCCUCUCUCUCAUCUUCUUUAUAACCAUGUACAACUACCAGGACAGCUCGAGCAGCCUGCAGUGUGAAGUUCAGUGAGUGAGAGAGGGUCCGGCUGCAGAGCAGAGAUAUGGGGCACCACUCCUGCUGCAACAAGCAGAAGGUCAGGAGGGGCCUGUGGUCGCCAGAGGAGGAUGAGAAGCUCGUCAAGUACAUCUCCACGCAUGGCCAUGGCUGCUGGAGUUCCGUCCCCAGACAAGCUGGGUUGCAGAGGUGCGGCAAGAGCUGCAGGCUGCGGUGGAUCAACUACCUGAGGCCGGACCUCAAGAGGGGGAGCUUCUCGCAGGAGGAGGAGGCGCUCAUCGUUGAGCUCCACAGGGUUUUAGGGAACAGGUGGGCCCAGAUAGCCAAGCACCUCCCUGGCAGGACGGACAACGAGGUGAAGAACUUUUGGAACUCCACCAUCAAGAAGAAGCUCAUAUCCCAGGCCGUGGGCAGCCUUCACGCCGGUAACAUCCCUUCCCCUGCAGACUUGUACUACAGCAUUCUUGACGGAGCGGCAGGACAAGGCAUGGCAGCUCCACCCGGGUGCGCGUCGUUGAGCGCGCUGGAUCACAUUCACAAUGCAGCUCAGGCAGGAGCCGUCGCGCAGUCCCCUCCAUCUUCGGCGCACAACUCUACGUCAUGGCUCAGCUUCGCCUCUCAGCCGAUGUUCCUCCCCAGCCACGGCGCCGACCUCCAGUACGCCGUCGACGGGGAGUUCAUCAGGCUGUGCCGCGCGGCGGAGAACCCUUACGGCCCCGAGAACGACGCCGGCCUCUUGGCUCAGGAAGUCGCCGGCGCCGCCGCCGGCGAUCGGAGCUGCAUCCCGACGUUUGUCGAGCCGAAGGGCGCCGUCGUCGAUCCGGCCAUGGGCCCGGUGGCGGACUUCAUGGACGCCAUCCUGGGUUCCUCGUCCACGUCGAACGCCAGCGCUUCGUCUGUCGACAGCUUCUCCGCGAACACCGGCAUGCAGCUUCACUGGAUUCCCUGAAUUGAAUGUUUACUGGUGUUUCGGUAGGUGUAUGUAUGGCUUGAUCUAGAGCUCGCAUCCUAGUAGAAUCCCAAUUCGUAAAUGAAAUAACUACCACAUGGAGGACGUCUCCUUCCUAGGGUACGUACUUAUACUGAAGUAUUUGCAUGAGUAACAUGAGUUACGUGUAAAUAUAUAUUUAGGAAUUAAUGGUAAGUAUAUACUAUA